UUGAGUAAUCGAAAGCUUAUUUCUCUCUUUGUUCUUUCUCAUCUCCUGUGUGUAUAUUUCUUCCUCGAUUUGUAAUAUGUUAAAAAAUUGAUUUCCUUUCCAGUUCCUUCUUCCUGGUUAUUCUCAACAGCCAAACGGUUACUUGAGCUGAAAAUGGCGGACUCGGAAACGAGCGAUCAGCUCUCUGUCUUCUUACAGUCAGGAAUUUACCGUUUCGAAAGCUCAAAUGCCAUAUUCAUAGAUCCGGUUCGAGUCAUCAACCGUUCUUACACUCGAUUUAGGGUUUCACCUUCAGCGUACUACUCUCGCUUCUUCAAUUCCGGAAACGCCAACGAAGAGCCUAGGGUUUCCUCAAAAUCAAGAAAACGAAAACGAAAAGAGAAAAAGCCUCGCACUCUCAACGAAAGAGAAGAACUCGCUGAUCAGCGCCAUCAGAAGGCGAGGCCUUGUUUGUUGAAGGCUCAUGAAUCAUUACUUGGAGCUACUGAUCUUUUGGUGAUGAUGCAAAAAUUGAGUGAUGGAUGUUCUUUCUCGGAGCAUACAGACUCCUGUUUGCCAAGUGCUGAACAGUCUUUUGUUGAGCUUGAAAGUGUUUGGCAGGCCUCUUUGUAUGAGAUAACCCUUAAUUUUAAUCAAGCCACACAAAAUGGAGGUUCCUCGCUUGUUCAAUACGGUGAACAAAGGGUGAUCCCUGUAUUUAAUAACUUAGUUGCUAAUGAGACAAGUAAUGAUGUGGAGGCUGAUUUCCUGAACAGCAAAUAUAUAAUACCUAGAAAGAGUUGUUUCUACAUGUCUGAUCUGAGGCAGAUUCACAACCUGAUUCCUGCUGAAUCUGAUUGCGGCUUCAAUCUUAUAGUGCUUGAUCCACCAUGGGAAAAUAGCUCUGCUCAUCAGAAAUUGAAGUACCUAACUUUGCCUAACCGAUACUUCUUGUCUCUUCCCAUUAUGCAACUUACUCAUACAGAAGGAGCAUUGGUAGCCUUAUGGGUGACCAACAGGGAGAAGCUGCGGAGUUUUAUUGACAAAGAACUAUUUCCUACAUGGGGAGUCAAAUAUAUGGCUACUCUUUACUGGUUAAAGGUGAAAGCAGAUGGCUCACUGAUAAGUGAAUUGGAUCUCUUUCAUCAUCGGCCAUAUGAAUGCCUCCUCCUGGGUUACUGUCAUAGGGCUGUGGAUUCUGAAUGCUUGUCAAUAUUCAAACCUAUUCCAGACAAUCAGAUCUUCAUCAGUGUUCCUGGGGAUUACUCUAGGAAGCCCCCAGUUGGAGAGUUGCUACAGGAAUAUGUGCCAGGAGUUAAGCCUGCUCGAUGCAUUGAACUAUUUGCUAGAGAAAUGAUGGGUGGAUGGACUUCUUGGGGGAAUGAACCCCUUCACUUUCAAGAGGCAAGGUAUUUCUUUUAAGUAAGAGGACAGAAGAAUAAUGCUUCUGGAAGAAACCUCUUUGCUUAAUGACCUGGACCCCAGUAUUCUUCUGUAAGUUGUUACCUCAUACAGAUUGCAUUUUCUGCCCGUUGAAAUUUUGGUUGAUAAACUAGUGAAAUGCAUUUGGUUGUAUCAUUACUUUAGAAUUCUAGUUCAAACAUUUGGUGCAAUCUCAGCAAAAGCGAAAAUGGUAUUGUGAAUGCCAGAAUCUCUCUCCUCGCCAUGCUGUCUUUGGUUGUGUUCCUCCACUUUCUAAAUUUGCUUUCUUGCAUUUACUGAAAGCAGCUUUCCUGCCCAGGAGUGGAAGAUACAUAAGCUUUGCAGGUGACAGGUGGCUUAAACAAUGAUUCAAUACCAAUUGCUCAAAUUUCUUCUUCUUUUUUUUUUUUUUCUGAAAAUUCUUAUUUUAGGAAAAUUUGGAAUUCCAAGUGAACCUGAUAUUAGUACAGUAUCUAGGCCAUUGAGAAUGUAUAUGUUUCAUGUGACAUGUAUCUGUCAAUGAUAGUAAUGUGCAGAUUGCAAAUUUUGAUU